UGAAGCAUCCGUUGUGGUUUCGAUAGGGAAGAAAAAAAAAACACAAAAGCGGCGUUGAUUUUUUUCGAUUUUCCGACAAGAAAAAAAAAUUCAAAAUUUCUCGUGAGAAGAUUUGGUCUGAAUCUAUCUUUCGAGAGGUUUUGAGUUAAUUUUCAAAAUGGGUUUGGAGAAAAAAUCUGCAUUGUUGGAAGAUUUGAUAAAGAAAUGCGGCGGUUGUGCGGUGGUCGACGGUGGUUUCGCUACCCAGCUUGAGAAUCACGGCGCCGCCAUUAAUGAUCCUUUGUGGAGUGCUGUUUCUCUCAUCAAAAAUCCUGAACUCAUCAAAAGGGUUCACAUGGAAUAUUUGGAAGCUGGUGCAGACAUUGUGGUUACUUCAUCUUAUCAGGCUACUAUCCCGGGGUUUCUUUCGAGAGGUUUAGCGAUAGAAGAGAGCGAGUCUUUGCUACAAAAGAGUGUACAAUUAGCUGUUGAAGCUCGUGAUAGAUUCUGGGACAAAGUGAGCAAAGUUUCAGGACAUAGCUAUAACAGAGCUCUUGUAGCUGCAUCUAUUGGAAGCUAUGGAGCUUAUCUUGCUGAUGGCUCUGAAUACAGUGGAAACUAUGGUGAGAACGUAAGUUUGGAUAAACUAAAAGACUUUCAUAGGAGAAGACUUCAAGUCUUAGUGGAAGCUGGUCCUGAUCUUCUUGCUUUUGAAACCAUACCAAAUAAACUCGAGGCUCAGGCGUGCGUUGAGCUUUUGGAAGAAGAGAAAGUGCAGAUCCCAGCAUGGAUCUGUUUUACAUCGGUAGAUGGUGAGAAAGCUCCAUCAGGAGAGAGCUUUGAGGAAUGCCUCGAAGCUCUUAACAAAAGCAACAAUAUAUAUGCGGUUGGUAUAAACUGCGCUCCUCCUCAAUUCAUCGAAAAUCUGAUUUGCAAAUUCGCUAAGCUGACCAAGAAGGCAAUCGUUGUUUACCCAAAUAGCGGAGAGGUUUGGGAUGGAAAGGCGAAACAAUGGCUGCCAUCACAAUGCUUUGGUGAUGAUGAAUUUGAGAUGUUUGCAACGAAAUGGCGUGACCUUGGAGCUAAACUCAUAGGAGGAUGUUGCAGGACUACACCUUCCACCAUUAAAGCUAUCUCCAAAGAUUUGAAAAGAAGAUGAUUUUUCUUCUGGGAGAAGAAGAUUGAAUCUUCUUUCAACUUGUUAACUAGCUUUACCAUUGUUAGGGCUACAUUUAUCUGUGUUCUGUUGUUUUCUUGUUGUUCACGUUUCCUUUGUUGUCUGAUAUGUAUCCGCAAACUAGGCCUUGGGCUUUUUCAAUGUAAUGGCCCAGAAAGUGUUUUCUUUAUAAAAAAUUACCCGAUUUAAAUCUUUAAUACCCAGCAGAAUAAUUUAUUGAA